UUGUCAGGUGCAUGCAUCUCCAAAAAUGGAGAUAGUACAUUUACUCCCAUAUUUUGGAUACCCUGCUUUGUUUACCUUCCUAUGCUAAUAAGGUAGCCAGUCACAUUUAGUUCUGUCUGGUGGAAAUGGAAGUGAGAUUUAAAGGGACGAAGGCAGUCAUGGAGGAGAUGACAAUAUGGGAGCAGCACACGGUCACGUUAACGAAAGAUUCCAAGGUCGGCUUUGGUUUUGCGGUCUCAGGUGGGCUUGACAAGCCCGUAAACGGGGACUCAGCAGUGAUGGUCUCUGAUGUGCUUCCCAGCGGCCCUGCCAUGGGUCGUCUUCAGACACGAGAUCAGAUAGUUAUGGUGAAUGGCGUUUCGAUGGAGAACGUCACCUCACUUUACACUAUUCAAAAUCUGAGGAAGUGCGGGAAAAUUGCAAACAUUACCGUAAAGAGGCCACGCACAGUUCAGAUCCCUUCGAGCAACAGACCUACUCGUUCUGCCUCACAAUCCAACAUACUAGAUGACGAAAUGCCACAGAGGAGGGGUCAGCGCAACACAGACACCAGCCGUAACCGACGAACUCGAAGCGUGACACCUGACCGCAACGGUCACGACCUUCCCAUCAUGUCCGGCUUCAAGAGACUUCCCAAUCAGGAUGUGCAAGACAAACCUGUCAGAACAACCCUGAUCAAGAAAAAACCCACAGAUGAGUACGGAAUGAAGCUGGGGAGUCAGAUUUUCAUCAAACACAUGACUCCCACUGGUCUGGCUGCCAAAGAGGGCAGCCUUCAGGAAGGAGAUCUUGUUUUGAAGAUUAACGGCAUGACGACAGAAAAUCUGUCCUUGCUGGAGACCAAGCACCUGGUGGAGAAGUCUAGAGGUAAACUGACCAUGUUGGUGUUGAGGGAUGACAGAAAGUUCCUCGUCAGCAUUCCAGAAGUGGAGGACAGUCCUCAAAACAGUGCCGACGAGAAGCGGCAAGACAGUAGCUCGGAGCUGGAUGAAAUCUCAGACCUAGAUUCUGACACCCCCACAAACCGAACAUCCCAUCCAAGAGACCGACGUUCUCGCAGAAAUCGUGCCGAGCCUGUGUCAAAACCACGUGAAUCGCCCCCUUUGCGCUCUACACUCACAAGACUACCCGCCCAGUCAGUGCCCCUUCGCAGAGUUCCCUCCGAGUCUGAAUCGGACCGCGGCAACUCGCCUCCAUCGUCAAGACAUGGCACUCUCGAUAACAGAGACCGAUACAAGGUUCUCUCUGGGAUCUCUGCGCUGCCAAACCCUCGAGCCUCACCCAUCACCCAGAACUGGAACUCCUCCACUGCCUCUCAGCCUCGCAGAGCUGUUUCAGAGUCAGAUUCAGACCGAAGUGCCUCUCCGCCCCCAAAGCGUGAGAGUCCCAGACCUGAAAAUCACUCCAGAUACAAGGUGCUUCCCGAUCUUCCUCCUCCAGGCAUGAAGUCUUCCUCUCUUAGCAUGUCUCAGGAUUCCCCUCGCCGCAUGCCGUCUCCUUACAGGCCUCCACCCAGAGCUGCAUCAGAGUCUGAAUCGGACGAUAGUACCGGACCUCAACGCAGACAGGAGUCCCGCAAUAGAUACAGGGCGACACCUGAGGUCAUGUCAGUCCCCAUAAUGGAUCCCCCAAAAUGGGGCAGUUGUUUGAGCAUCCAUUCUUUUAUUUGUCUAUUCUUUUGUUUGCAGGAUUCCAAGGUCGGCUUUGGUUUUGCGGUCUCAGGUGGGCUUGACAAGCCCGUAAACGGGGACUCAGCAGUGAUGGUCUCUGAUGUGCUUCCCAGCGGCCCUGCCAUGGGUCGUCUUCAGACACGAGAUCAGAUAGUUAUGGUGAAUGGCGUUUCGAUGGAGAACGUCACCUCACUUUACACUAUUCAAAAUCUGAGGAAGUGCGGGAAAAUUGCAAACAUUACCGUAAAGAGGCCACGCACAGUUCAGAUCCCUUCGAGCAACAGACCUACUCGUUCUGCCUCACAAUCCAACAUACUAGAUGACGAAAUGCCACAGAGGAGGGGUCAGCGCAACACAGACACCAGCCGUAACCGACGAACUCGAAGCGUGACACCUGACCGCAACGGUCACGACCUUCCCAUCAUGUCCGGCUUCAAGAGACUUCCCAAUCAGGAUGUGCAAGACAAACCUGUCAGAACAACCCUGAUCAAGAAAAAACCCACAGAUGAGUACGGAAUGAAGCUGGGGAGUCAGAUUUUCAUCAAACACAUGACUCCCACUGGUCUGGCUGCCAAAGAGGGCAGCCUUCAGGAAGGAGAUCUUGUUUUGAAGAUUAACGGCAUGACGACAGAAAAUCUGUCCUUGCUGGAGACCAAGCACCUGGUGGAGAAGUCUAGAGGUAAACUGACCAUGUUGGUGUUGAGGGAUGACAGAAAGUUCCUCGUCAGCAUUCCAGAAGUGGAGGACAGUCCUCAAAACAGUGCCGACGAGAAGCGGCAAGACAGUAGCUCGGAGCUGGAUGAAAUCUCAGACCUAGAUUCUGACACCCCCACAAACCGAACAUCCCGUCCAAGAGACCGACGUUCUCGCAGAAAUCGUGCCGAGCCUGUGUCAAAACCACGUGAAUCGCCCCCUUUGCGCUCUACACUCACAAGACUACCCGCCCAGUCAGUGCCCCUUCGCAGAGUUCCCUCCGAGUCUGAAUCGGACCGCGGCAACUCGCCUCCAUCGUCAAGACAUGGCACUCUCGAUAACAGAGACCGAUACAAGGUUCUCUCUGGGAUCUCUGCGCUGCCAAACCCUCGAGCCUCACCCAUCACCCAGAACUGGAACUCCUCCACUGCCUCUCAGCCUCGCAGAGCUGUUUCAGAGUCAGAUUCAGACCGAAGUGCCUCUCCGCCCCCAAAGCGUGAGAGUCCCAGACCUGAAAAUCACUCCAGAUACAAGGUGCUUCCCGAUCUUCCUCCUCCAGGCAUGAAGUCUUCCUCUCUUAGCAUGUCUCAGGAUUCCCCUCGCCGCAUGCCGUCUCCUUACAGGCCUCCACCCAGAGCUGCAUCAGAGUCUGAAUCGGACGAUAGUACCGGACCUCAACGCAGACAGGAGUCCCGCAAUAGAUACAGGGCGACACCUGAGGUCAUGUCAGUCCCCAUAAUGGAUCCCCCAAAAUGGGCGAAACCCUCAACGCCUGUACAGAGAGCUCCCUCAGAAUCUGAAUCCGAUGCAAGUAACAACUCUCCUCCGAGAACACAGUCUCCAUUCAGUAAAAACUCCAGAAGCAGACCAGAAGCUGAAAUGCAAGCGACUGAAAUCAUCAACAGCCGACAGGAUUCUUCACUCAGAGCAGCUCCAGCCAGACCACCACCUGAAGAUUCCUCUGAAUCAGAAAGGGCCCCAUCACCUGUCAGGAGAUCUGAGAGUCCCAGCUACAACCGCGAGCACAGUUUCCCACGUGCUAAUGGCACUCUCCGCUCUAACGUGUCCAUUCCCAACCACACCACUUUGAGCUCGAAAACUGUAGAGGAGCCACUUUAUUCACUUCCUCCAGAUGCAGUGCCAACACCAAACCUGGGAUACAGCUCAGACCAGAACCAUGUCAGCUUUGUGAAGGAGGGCAGCGUUGGGUUGAGGUUGGUGGGAGGAAAUGAUGUUGGCAUCUUUGUUGGUGGUGUCCAGCCCAACAGUCCAGCCCAGAUGCAAGGCAUGCAAGAGGGUGAUCAGAUACUGGAGGUGAACGGCGUGGACUUUAAUCACUUCACCAGAGAGGAAGCAGCCAUGUAUCUCAUGAACGUCCAUGCUGGGGAGCGCAUCGAUAUCCGGACUCAGAACAAAAUGAACAUCUACAAGAAGAUUUUGAAGUCCAGCCUCGGUGAUUCUUUCUACAUCCGUACACACUUCGACCACGUGGCUGAGAGCAGUGUUGGCUUGAGCUUCACCAGAGGCGAGGUGUUCAGGGUGGUGGACACCAUGCACCGCGGGAAGCUGGGAACCUGGCUAGCUGUGCGCAUGGGCAAUGAUCUACACGAGCUGGAUAAAGGCACCAUUCCUAACCAGACCAAGGCUGAAACUUUGGCCAAUUUGGAGCAGGCACAGAGAAUUAGUGCAGCCGAACGCCAGGCCUCUGGCCCCAGGGCCGAGUUCUGGAAGUUACGGGGUCUCAGAGGGGCCAAAAAGAAUGCCAGAAGAACGCGCGAUGACCUCCUACAGUUGACAAUUCAAGGCAAAUUUCCAGCAUAUGAGAAAGUCGUUCUGAGAGAAGCCAAUUUCAAACGGCCUAUCGUCAUUUUGGGUCCUCUGAACGACAUUGCAAAUGAGAAGCUGGCCCGAGAGUUGCCAGAUGAAUUUGAAGUUGCAGAAAUGGUAUCCAGGAGUGGAAGUGAUAGUUCAUCCAGUGUCAUCAAACUAGACACAGUGAGGAGAAUAGCAGAGCAGGAAAAGCAUCCCUUACUGGACAUUACACCCACGGCUGUAGAAAGAUUGAAUUAUAUCCAGUACCAUCCCAUGGUGCUCUUCUUGGAUCCUCAUAGUCGGAAAGACGUGAAGGCAAUGAGGCAAAAAUACAUGCCAGGCUCCAACAAGAGCUCUCGUCGCCUAUACGCUCAGGCCUUAAAGCUGAGGAAACACUAUAGCCAUCUAUUUUGCGCACGCAUUGAUCUUCAGCCUAAUACAAACAUGUGGUAUGAUGUUUUGAAAGACCAGAUUCGGCAGCAGCAAUCUAAACCGGUCUGGGUUUCUGAAGUUGCGUUGGAGGGAGGCGGUGAGGAAGACCUUGACGCAUUCAGCCAUGCAAACAACUCUGACUACCUCAGUGGUGCCAGCGACUAUGAGGACACCGAUGGUGAGGCCAUUACGGAUGGUGAAGCCUACACGGACAACGAGGACCUGGACGAACCCUCUGUAGGCAUCGCCAGAAACCGUGGCACUGCACUGGCCCGCUCCUCUGAGCCCACCACUGGGCACAAUCAAAGUCCUGAACCUUCCUAUGACCCAGAGCCAUACCUGGAGGAAGAGCCCGAGUACACCCUACCUCCCGGGGAAAUACCUCCCAUCCUCCACGUUCCAGAGCCCCGAUCUCCACGCCUUUUCCCUGACAGUCCCCAACAACAAGACGAUGUCCCCUCACAGCGGAGUUUCACGGAUUCAGACUUCAGCACUGGUGACAUGGCUGCACCACCAGCACCUUCCGAUGUUCCGCCCAACUUCAGGGCACCAGAUCCCAAAGAAGUCCAAUCAGAGACCCCUCCACUGUCAGCCAUAGAGGAGAAACUUCAACAGGCUCGCAUGGCAGAACCAGAAAGGAAACCCUCCCCUUCAUUUAAAGUAUUGGCACAUGACGAAGCCAUGCAAAUGCGGAGAUCACAGAUCAGAGGAAGUGAUAGUGACAGCGAUGAAGACGACAGAGAUAAUGAAGAUGAUUUUGGUGUCGACGAUGACGAAACUGAUGACAUUGAAUGGGGACCUGCCACAGAGCUGUAAUAUACAUGGAUCAUACUGACAUCAGGCACAUGGCCCUCUCAUGUCUCUAGUGUGGACAUUUACACAAUCAAACUGGAAAUAUUUUUUUUUAUUUCCAGUGAGUUUUUUUUAUGCAGUGUCCUUAUGGACUUGUGAUAGAUGACUUUAAUCUUGGAUCGAUUUUGAAGAUUUGUGAACGGAAUUGCUUCCUUUUGUGGGUUUUGUAGUUUUAAUGGAUGUGCUGAGAUCUUUCUCAGGAUUUUAUAA